CGGUUAAAAUAACACUUAGGCUAUCAAAAUCGCUGCCAACUUAUCUUGGUCUGAAUCUACCUAAGUAUUUCUUCCUUUGUUUCCUAGCCUACGUCGAGUUGUUGAGAAAGUCUUCGCGCCUCCUUUCUUGCCCUUACGUGCCGCUAAGGUGCACCUCUGGUAGGAAACUCCUGCUCCUAUAUUAAACAAUACGCAAUAGCAUUAUACACAUCACACCUCAAAAAUAACCUUACUUUCACUUUAUCGACAAUCCAACGCCCAUCCCAAAACAAUCCCAAAGAAAACAUCAACACAUUUCCUCGCAACCGCGCCACACUAUCGCGAACGCCGUCCGCGCAUGACGUCCACAAUUUUUUUCUUAAAAACCUCGCUAAACUGCCAGAGACAUAAAAAAAAAGUUGGAAGCUGCCAGGUGACAUCUUGGAGUGACAUUAGUGAUGAUAGUGAUGUGAACAUGUCUAGUGAGGGUAGCAGCAAGUUGCGGCAGUUUGGAUUGUACAAGACCAUUGAUUCGCAGACGGCGGAAUUUCUCAAGCUGUCAAGGAAGAGACAGAUUAGGCGAGGAUGUGCCUGCGCGGCUGUGUCCACUUCUAUCACUGUUACCGUUGUUGUGGUAAUUCUACUAAUCUACGAAUACGGGAUUGCAGUAGAAUCUAAUAGCUUAGUACAAAAUAUCUACAGUUAUGGGAACUUGAGUUUGAAUGGGAGCGCGGACUCGCCAGUUGCCGAUCGCCUGGACCGGGGCUACUUCGGCUUCGAUCAGGAUUACUAUGAACGCAUGCCGCUCCUAGUCAACGCUAUGCAGGAAAACCACUACAUCGACCCUUUAGUAGAAAUAUCUAUACCUACGAAAAGAGCACGACUCCUUAGAAAUAAAACAAAAAACGUAAAAACUACGUCCAUUAGAAGAACGAGCCCGAGACCGUUCAUUUUCGAAUUAAGAAGCCCCAAUCCCACUCCUUUUAGCAGAACUUUCGGUUCUAAAAGCUGGGUUGAGAGCUACCGUAAUGCUCAAAGACUUGAGAACCUCCAACAAGUCAUACAGUACCUCGAGAAAACUAUUAAUGCUAAGUUUGGAGAUCUAUACGAGUUACCCUCCAGCUCCAGCACACAUAUAGCGUUUUCUGGAGUCUAUGUUCAGCCGUCAGCAGAGACCAGCAAGGAAGAUAAACCGACAACACCUACAUUAGAUUCAUUAUUGCAAAGUUCUAAUAAAGUAGAAACGAAAAAUCACGUGUCUGAUCCGCUUUUCAGUUUCAAGCCUGAUAGCCCAGGUGACGUUAAUCUGUUAGCGGAUGGAUUCUUAAGAUUCGCCCCAACCCCGACUUUGGACAAGCCAACCGCGCCGAUGUUCAGACCGAUAUCCAAUCGAAAGAAACAAGACAAUGACGACAAGAAUGUUGUUGAUGCGCAAGCGAGCGAAAUCAAAAACAUCGAGACGUCAACUGUUGACAAGCCGAAUUCCUUUAAAGUUAUGCUGAAUUACGUUCCAACGAAAACAACUAUAGACUAUUCUUCCAGCGACGGAUCUUCCUCUGCUAUCAACAAAGUGUAUUUUACAACAUCACGGCCCGUCAGAUUUCAAUUUAAGAGGAAAUCAAACGGACCCGUUCGGCGUAUGUAUAUGCCGAGAAGUUUAAAAAGGCCUAUAAUUAAUCGGAUAAAAGCUCCUCCUCCUCAAGAUAUUUUACGGAAAUCGAGCUCAAACAAAGAAGCGACUAUGAUUGUUCAUGUAAAUCUGUAUCCUCAGACGACCGUUGUAAAAGAGAUCGGUAAUGCUACUGAAACUAAACAAGAAUAUACGACCACUCCUGUAACUACCACCACUCAAGUCAAUACAGUCAGACCUUUGACGCAAGCACCAGAAUUAUCCUUCACUCAAGUAGAGGAUCAUCAUAUAGGAAGUUCAGGUGUCAUACCAGUGGAACAUCGGACGGUACCUCCGUCACCACCGCCACCCGUGACCCCUGUUAUCCCAACCUUUGAAACCACAGUAUCAAAUACCAGUGAAAUCUACUCGUGGCCCACACAUCCACCAGAUGUAGUCAAGUUUAGUCCUGAAGAUGCUAAGGUCCCCGAUCAUUAUCAAAGAUUAAGGGAAAUGGAAAGUGGAAGCUACACAACUGAAGUAAACAGUCGGACAUUUAACCAUGACGUUAAGCUUCAAGACCAUUAUGAUCAGUCAAAACAAGUAGAAGCUGGUAAUGGGCCAAUUGGUUAUAGUAAUAGAGAUUUCAAUUCAGAGGAAACAGAAAUUCUAAAUCAUUAUGGAAGAUUCGGGGAAAAGGAAAUGGGAAAUAGUUAUCCUGUUAAUGUUGACAGUAGGCCAAUUAAUACUGAAUAUACUAAGUAUAUAGAUUCCCAUCGAAGAUUUCGUGACAUGGAUUUUAGUACUAUUACCCCAACUGGAACUAAUAGGAGAAAUUAUAGAGACAGUCUCGAAAUCCAAGAAACUGUAGAGCCUUCUACACUAGUAGUGAAACUGAAAAAUGAAGUCAAACUGAAAACGACCACUACUCAAGCAACAAUAUCAGAACUAGAAGAAGAUUCCGAUGAAACUACUACAGUACAAACCUAUGUACCGCAAAUAAACGGCCACUAUAGGAGCGUCAACCAAAACUCAAGAAUGAUCAAUGAUUGGUUUGAUAAAGAAGAUGAAAAUGAUAGGAAAAAAAGAUUAGAAAUGAGAGUCACAGGUUUGAAGAAACCGACAUAUGUAGAAAUAAAGCGGAAUAAUACAAACAUCAGUAAUGAUGAAAAUAGUGAAGAUUAAAAUGAUGAAUGAUUCAGUGUUUAAUAACUUAUUCUUUGCUUUAUCUUGUGUCCCACCGACUUUACCUAAUGUAUAUAUUUAUAGUUUUUUUUAUGUGGGGCUGUAGAUAAUUUUGUAAAUAAAAAUAUUAUUAAUUUAUACAUUCUAGUUUUAUUUUACAAUAUCUAUAAAUAUCUUGUUUUUUUUUCACCUUCAAAACUUAUAAAUCACACGUUCAAAUAGUGUGAAACAGAUAAAAAAAUAUGUAUCUAUUGACAUUGGAGGUAGGUAUAUGAUUACUAUAAAAUAUACAGUAUGUCUCCUACCAUGGGGCUUAAAACACAGGGCUCGAUUCUACUUAAAGUUUAAGAUAGUUUAAUCUCAUUAAGAAUUUUACAUUUCACUGGCACGAGAUAA